GGAAUUAAUAAGAAAUGGAAUCCAUUCGUCUUCAUAUGAUAAAACCAAAGCAGCACCAAGUAACCAUGACGACGCCAAUCCCAAGCGUGAUUCCCCUCACCGAAACCUUUAGUUUCUCAACCACUACCCAUUCCUACAAUAUCCGCUGGACAUCUCUCGGCAACGCCAACGCACCUCCACUAAUCUUCAUCCACGGGACCCCCUGGUCCUCUCGCGUCUGGCACACCUACGCCCUAUCGUUCGCCAAAUACUUCCACGUUUAUCUCUUCGACAAUCCCGGUUUCGGAGAAAGCCCUCUUGGCCAGCCCCUUCCUGACAAAGCAGAAACCCUCACAAAAGAAAUCGCCCUAGAUGCGGAUCUAGCACAGCAGUCCGAGGCUUUUGCCGCGCUGUACAAAUCCUGGGAGGAGGGGUGGCCGCAGGCUCAGAGAAAGCCGCAUGUGGUUGCGCACGACCACGGGGGGUUGAUGGCCUUAAGGGCAAAUUUACUACAUGGGUGUGAGUAUGCGAGUUUGUGCCUUAUUGAUGUUGUCGCGCUGGGGCCGUUCGGGCAGCCGUUGUUUAAGCUGGUUGCGGAGAAUGCGGGCGUGUUUGAGGCGUUGACGGGUCCGGUGUUUGAGGGUGUUGUGGAGUCUUAUAUUCGUGAUGCGGCGUAUAAGGAGCUGAGUAGGGAGACGAUGGAGAUGCUGAAGUGGCCGUGGCUUGUGAGUGAGGAGGGGAGAAGGGGGUUUGUGAGGCAGAUGGUGCAGGCGAAUAGUCGGAGCACGGAGGAGGUGGAGGGGAGGUAUCAUGAGGUUGGGAGGAAGAUGCCGGUGAGGGUUAUUUGGGGGAAGGAGGAUAAGUGGAUUCCUGUGGAAACUGCACAGAGAUUGAAGGAUAAACUGGAGGGUCAAGAUGUUGUGGUUAUUGAGGAGGGGGGUCAUCUGUUGAUGUAUGAUCAGGAAGGAAGAUUGGGGGUAGAGUUGGGCUGGUGGUUGAACUCCGUAUCCCAUCGUUGAGGCUACAGAGGCGGCACUGGACAUGUAUGAAUAUCAUUCAUUUGACUAUUUGCCAAAGUUGAGUGCAUUUAUUAUGAUCGAUCAACUGAGUUGACUCCCCGGUAAAGAUCCCUAAUGAAGCGGUCUACUGCCAAAAUUUACAACACAUCUGAGCCAACGUCUUUCACUUCUCUACACGGGAGCGAAUUUCCAAC